UUUAAUAAAGAAAUCACUCCUCCAUUCAUACCAGCCAUCAAUCGAAACGACAAUUUGUUUUAUUUUGAUAAAGAGUUUACUAAUAAAGCACCAGAAGAUUCUCCCGGAGUCCCUCCGAGUGCUAACGCACACGAAUUGUUCCGUGGCUUCAGUUUUGUCGCAACGAAUCUAUUAGAGGAGACUUUAAUGCCAAACAACGAGAACAACACAAACGCCACAAACAGUUACGAAUCGCCCAAAGCUUCCCAAUCGGUGUCCCGAAUACUACUCCGGACUAUCACUAAAUGCAAAGAGCGAUCGCUUCACGACUACGAGUUCUUCGAAGAGUUGGGCAAAGGAUCAUAUUCUUGUUGCCGACGCUGUGUCCACAAAGAGACCGCCAAACAGUACGCCGUGAAGAUUAUCGACAAAUCGAAGCGCGAUUGUGCCGAAGAAGUGGCGGUUCUCCUCAGAUAUAGUCAACAUUCAAAUAUCGUUACUCUGCACGACGUAUACGAAGACACGACAUCCGUCUACCUGUUUAUGGACCUCAUGUCCGGCGGAGAGCUUUUAGACAAAAUUCUUAACCAAAAGUAUUUCAACGAACGCGAGGCGAGCGCUGUGUUGGAAGUGAUCGCCACUACCAUUAAGUUCUUACACGAAAACGGAGUAAUUAUCUCAAUAUUA